UGGUCGCGAGACCAUCAUCAAACCGGCAUCUCAAUCAGGCAAUCAAUCUGGGGCCUACAAUCUGGGACUUCUGGUCCCAACAGUCAACCGCCGCAUCGCAGCCGCAGCACGAGUCGAGGUCAUCCCACGAUACACUCUGCCCAAGUGCAAGUGCCCGGUGUCCGAGGUUUGAGAGAGCGGGGUGCUAGGUGGUCCCAGUCAACAGCCGUGGCUGUGACCAGCUUCAUCCACCAGCAUGUCGCGCUACGCUAGGGAGGACCCUCGAUCGAUUUUCUUCGGCGGAACACCGAGGACCACUCCAUCGCUGGCCUCGACCUCGCUGGCUGGAGGUGAAAAGGAGGUCCAACCGGCCGCUGAACAGCAGCAGCAGCCGCCACCAGCCGCCGCCGUCGCUCCGGCACCGGUCGUACGCAUCAUUCCGAUCCUCUAUCCAGCACAGCCAGCCCGGCUCAUCGGCAACAACACCGGGUACGGGGCGAAGGCGGCACUCAACGAAGUCGCCGCCGACGACGACCACGACGCCGACGAUGAUGUCCGUCCUACAGCCGCCCCGGCGACGACGAACAGGAGUGGCGGCGUGAGGAGUACCGGUUACAGCUCCCCUUACAAACCACCCCCACCCCCAACAACCAGCAGCAACAGCAACAACAACAGUGAACCAAUAGCGCCAGGAUCGUCGUCUCGAUAUCGUCCGAAUGGCACCGGAGCAGCGGCUGCAGCUGGUAGCACCCCAGCUCUUGGUGGUAUACUGAAACCAUCGUAUACCCCGUUCGGCGGUGGCGGUCCACCCCCCUCCACCAGUGCACCGCACGCCGCAUCGCGUGUAUCCUUCUCCACGCGGCCUGCCAGCCAAACCAGCAGCCGCGGUCAGCAGUCACCAGCAGCAGCAGCAGCCAGUCCUUCACCACCGUCGACACCCGAUCCGAUCACUGCGCCUACCGAGGACGAGCCGGUGGCGGCUCCAACUUCAGCGUCACCAAUGGCCAGCGAACCCGGUAGCAGCGGUGGUGCCAAUGGAGUGCACAAGGCGGGGCGCAACAGAACGCAUCAGCAGCAGCAGCAGCAGGUGCAGGAGAGCGGGUGCACUGUACCGAGCGGUACCGGUGGCUCGACCCGGGUACAGCUUGCCCUCUACGGUUGGCGCAAGAAGUGCCUGUACGCCCUGAUUCUGCUCCUCACGAUCAUGAUCAUCAUCAACAUGGCGCUGACGCUCUGGAUCAUGAAGGUGAUGGAGUUCUCCUCGAACGGGAUGGGCCAGCUGAAGAUAGUGCCGGGCGGGAUUCAACUGACAGGACAAGCGCUAGUGUUGAACACGUUGCGUGCCUCAUCGAUUCGCUCGAAACACGGUCAACCGAUCUCCAUCGAAUCAUCCCGCAACCUAAGCGUGAACACACGCAGCGCGCUCGGGACGCUCGAAAAUCAGCUCUUCCUCGGGCACGACCGGCUGGAGGUGCUGGCGAACCACUUCCGCAUCACGGACACCCACGGUACGAACCUGUUCGCGGUCGACCGGGACGAGGUGAUCGUCGGGGCCGGUUCGCUGCGGGUCGAGGGCGAAGGGGGCGUCAUCUUCCGGGACUCCAUCCAGACGCCGCUCGUGCGCGCCGACGCCGGCAAGGAUCUGAAGUUGGAGUCGCCGACGCGUUCACUGGAAGCGCGCGCCACGCAGGAGAUCUUCAUCCAGUCGCGGGCCGGUGGCAUCGAGACGACCUGCCUCAACGACCUCAAGCUCCACUCGGUCGCCGGAAGCAUUCGCCUCGAUGGCAGCGCCAUCUACAUGCCCAACCUGAAGACGGUGCAGGGGACGGCCGGUGGUCUCGGUUUGGCGGGUUACACGACCUCCUCCUCCUCAUCCUCCUCCUCUUCAUCGUCGUCGCUUCUCGCCGGUUCCACCGGGUAUGGUGGACGGGGUGGUGCAGGGGAGUACGGGGGUAUGGGCGGGAGCGGGAUCAGCUCAGCCGGCGCUGCCGCCGCCGCAGCCGCCGCCGGCACCAAGAUCUACCAGCUGUGCGCCUGCUCGAGCGGCAAACUGUUCCUGGCCGCCCCGAACAGCAUCUGCUCCGCCGACGAUACCGCGAUCUGCAGGUAAUGUUUGCCGAUGCCGCGACGCCACGGUUCAGCAGAGUGUGCCCGGUUGGUGAGAGGGAGAGGGAGGAAGGAGGAGUGGGAGGGGGGUGCGGCAUACCGCCACACACCCUUCACCCUUUGCUGUGCUUGCUACUGGCUGCAGGUGAAAACAGCAGUCGUCAGCAGGCCAACUACUCCAGGUGCUACUGCGUGCAGCAACUGUACAAGUCCCUCCCUACACACACACACACACACUAUCACACACACACACACACACACACACACACACACACACACACACACGAGCUUACGAAAAUUACGACAAACAAACAGCAGAGCAGGCGAACUGCUGCCUUCGAAGGCCUACAAUGAGGGGUGGAAGGGGGAAGAAGGGAGGGGGAUGGGGGAGGGGGUUGUGACUACGAAUGGAUACCCGCUCUGGCCCGCCCUCUCUGUCUUCGCCGCUUCCACUCGUUCUCACUCGUUACACACGAUCCCGUUACGUUAUUCGUCGUUAUUCUGCUGCGUUAGGUAGAAAUGUGGCGCCGGGGGAGGGGGUUGGGGUAGGAGGGGCGCAAAGCAGAGUACUUGUAACUCCCAUAUAUAUAUAUAUAACCCUUAAAGUAGAACCAAAGGCCGAGCCCUGGCGAGCCGGAACCGGAGCCGAGGAGUUGCUGUCAGGUGCCGUCAAUCCGAUCUCCGCACGUCAUCAGUGAUGUAUCUGUAGAUCGAUCAAGGCAGGUUCAUCCCCCGGAGUGGGGGAGGGGGAGGGGGAUGGGUAGGUAAUUCACUAUCUCUUUUGCGCUCAAAACCACAGGACAGAAGACAGAGUGACAGGACGAGACGGCAAGGAGAAAGCUAGAGAGAGAGAGAGCGAGCGAGAGAGAGAGAGAGAGAGAGAGAGAGAGAGAGAAAAAGAGAGAGAGAGAGGGAGGCUUGCUUGUACAACAUAAGAUACAUAUCAUUGCGCAACGAAUGCGAGCGGCAGGCAGCAUAUUCCAGCCCUAAAGCACGGAAGCAGAGUAAUAGCAGCUGAAAAGCUUUGUAACCAGGCCUCACAGUACUCCCUCCCCUUCAUUUCAACCCCUCUGUGUUUCCUGUCUCGAUCCGCGACUGGCUUGUUGGCUGGCUGGCUGGCUGGCUGGCCUCCGCAUCAGCAGUACCAACGUUUUUUUUUUCGUGUAACCGUCGUCGUAACCGCUCCAUUAAAACAAAACCCAAACCAAAAACACAAAAACAAAACAACCAAAACAAAACGAAAUAAAACAAAUAAUAUUAUAAUAAGCGUUAACGGAAGUAUUAGCUUGGCCAAUCGGGCUGGGGAGGAGGAGGGGAAGAGGGUUUUUCGGACGUGUGGAGGAAGGAGGUCCGAUGUUCCCUUCCUACCUCUAACCGUCCCUUUUCUCCGGCUCCCUCCCCCUCCCCGCUUUUCCAUUAGCCAUUUGCUGAAAAAAAAGUGUGUUAAAAAUAAAGG